AUGGACUUUGAUCAGGCACAACAGAUACCGUCAGCAGUGGGGCCUGUUGGCAUUCUGUCAGUCGAGCAGUACACAAGCCUCAUUGAGUCUUAUACAUCAGUCUUAAACCCCCAUGACGGAACACUUGUGUCAACGUGUCCGUCCAUUAAAGUCCUUUCUCUACGGAUCGAGGAUACGAAGGUUCCAAACCCAAGGCUUUAUUUCUGCAUAGACAGCGAUGUGGAGGGCGUUCGCCAGACGACACUGGCUUUGCAUUUAGAAACGCUGCAGAACCUCUGGAGGGCAUUAAAAACGGUCUUCCACAAGACAAUGGUGGCCGUACCGAUUCUUCCACCCGAGAUAUCAUCGAAGUCCUACUUAAGCUCUCGGUUUAUGCGGGGCAUUGUCCUUUACCUCGCAGCUCUCCUUCGGCGCUUACUAUCGCACUCUAUCAUCAAGCGCCACGAAGUAAUGGUGCAGCUAUUCACCCGCCACGAAAGCGAUGUCUUGCCGAUGCUCCAGAAGCUUGCAAAUCCAGAUUUUACACAAGGGCAUGCACCAGGGGACGACAUCAUUAGAAAUAUAGUAAGUCGGGCACACGGGCAUCUCCAUAGUAAUUUGCACGAGUCUGGCUUAAUGCUUGCCCUCAAUCUAUCAUUACUCUACAACUUUUCCUUGGACGACGCCGCGUUCCUCAAGACAGCCUACUACGGACCCAAUUUUGCAAAGCUGAUAACAGACCGCACAAUCACCAAGAGCGCUCUAGCAACCUUUAGAGGGAAAACACGGAUUAAUGCUGCGUAUCUUCAGUCUAUUGACCAAGUCUUAGAUAUGCCAAGGGGCCAAUUCCUCAAUACGUUUCUUUAUGGACUAAUUGAUCUAGAGGAUUUUCUGUCGCCGAAUUUCGGUAAAAAGAUCCGCGGGAUUUUCCUCAAGCGUCAUCUUAUCAUAGAGGAGAACCUCAAAUCAGCUUAUGACAGCGUCAAGCGUCUCUCUGCUUCGGUUGCCGAAAUAAUAACUGCUGAAACAAGUAUUUCAUCCUCAAUGUCAGGACUUGCAGAUUCUCUUACCUUUUUAUUUGUGUCAGAGACGAAAUUUGAUGGCGUCCUGGCCGGCCCCGCAACAAACUCAGUGGCGGCAUGUGUCAAUCCACCAACCCAGUCAGACUUCCUCCAUACUCAGAUAGCUAACCAGUUGCGUGCAGACGUCUAUCCACGCUUGGCUGCUUCGUUGGAUAUCAUCUCUGCAAUGGCUAAGAUGGCUACAAUGCGCUAUGACUACAUAAUAGUUGGAGAAUUUCUCGCUUCUAUCCUGAAAAAGAAGGCCAGCGAUAUUAUUUACCUAAAGGUCCAGCAGGAGACUAUCGGCGAUGUUGUACUAAUUAACAAAGAUGCUGUAAAGAGACAAAUAGAUGCCAUACGCGCAUCCGAUCUGCAUACCUUUUCAUAUGGGAUAUAUAAAGACACCGAAAGAGAGUCUCCCCUGUCCUUGAGUCUUGCUUAUGAAAGUGACAAGUCAGAGCUAGAGGGUAUUUUAAAUGCAAUAGACGAUGAAGCAACGGUUUCCUUUAACAGCUUAUGCUCGAGGCUGUCCUUGUCUAGAGCCCAAAUAGACUUGUUAGAUUCUUUCAGACGCGUUCAUGCAGCAUUUAUUGAGCAUAUCAUGUAUUCAAUUGUUAUGGAGUCAAGAUUCGUGUAUGAGUAUCUCUUUUACAAGUGUAUGGUAUCAGAGUUAAUCGUGCACUCUAUGGGCCGCUUAUCAGCGAUUUUCGGCAGAACGAUCCAUUUAGAGUCUAACCUGUGGGAGUAUUCCGAUGAAUGGAUCAGAAAGACUCGCGGGCAAGAGACACCAUGGCACAAGAUAAAUGAACUAGACAACGAGCGCUACGAGUUGGAGGUUGACCUGCACAAAGAGCAGGGUCAGUGA